GCGCGGAAGGCGAUGCGGGAGGCGGGCGGCGGCUGCGGGGAGAUGGCGGAGCGGGAGCGGCAGGAGCGGCUGAGGGAGGCGGCGGCGCUCGGCGACGCGGAGGAGGUGCGGCGGCUCGUGGAGCUGGGGGUCGGCCUCAACUCCCAGAACGAAGUCAACGGAUGGACUUGUUUGCACUGGGCCUGCAAGCGGAACCAUGCGGCAGUCGUGGCUUAUCUGCUGCAUGCUGGGGCUGACAAGGACAUCCUGACAAAGAAAGGGGAGAGGCCAGCCCAGUUAACAUCCAAGAGAGAGAUCAGGAAGAUGUUGGGAGUGGAAGAUGAACUCCCUGACUUAAAGCAAGAUUCAGAUCUGCCAAUCAUCCCCAAUUACCUGGCUAACCCACCUUUCCCAUAUGUUUACAACACCUUGAGUACCAGCAUUCCAGAUCCUCCCCUGAAUGGGAAUCCUUCACACUUGGAACCACAAGACACCAACCCUCCAUCCGUACCCGACUCGGACACCUGUGGACGAGCACGAGCGCUAUUGCAGCCUGGGAACGCUGCUCCUGAGGCUCCUCCCAACAGGGACAUCCCACCCCUGCCUCAAGGGUCUGCUGGGCCAUCACACCCAAAUCCUGUCCUCCAGAGAGCUCCUGUUUACCAGGGCUCAGUGUCUUGGGGCAGAAGUCCCUCUUUGCCAGCAGGAUCCAACCAGUCCCUACCCCAGCAAGGGAACAGCUCCUGCAUGGGACCUGUGCCAGCCUUUCAGCCUGUUUUCUUCACAGGAGCUUUUCCACUCAACAUGCAAGAACUGGUGCUUAAAGUGAGAAUACAAACCCCUAAUCUUAGAGAAAAUGACUUCAUUGAAAUUGAACUGGACAGACAAGAACUGACAUACAAGGAGCUGCUCCGAGUGAGUUGCCAUGAGCUGGGUGUGAACCCUGAGCAUGUCCAGAAGAUCAGAAAAUUACCAAAUACAAUGUUAAGAAAGGACAAGGAUGUUGCAAGGCUACAGGAUUUCCAAGAACUGGAGCUUGUUCUAACAGUAAGCGACAAAAACUCACUUUUCAGAGUCCCAACACUUUCUGAACAGAGUGGGUAUAACAAGAAGGCAUCAGAACUUACGUACUAAUUAAGGAAUAAAACAAAGUAUUUUUAUCUUUUGCUUUACAAUUAUGUUUGAAAAACAGUACCUAUAAGGGCUAAUGAUGUGAAAAAAAUCUAUUUUGUUAACUGUGAAAUAAACUGAAGUGGUUAUGCACAUUUAAAACUUCUAGUUAAUCUACAAACAGUGAGUCUGGUAUAAAAGUAGCUCAAUGCACAGGAAGUAUUGGUAGAAGUAUCUGUUAAUGCAACACUUCCUUACAAAAAGAUAAUUAAAUACUGCAGAGUUAGAAGCUCUCAGGGAAAGGCUUACCUUAAGCUGUUCUAAUAAUUUGUUUGCUAUAAAAUAGCAGAGGUACUCAAGCUAAAGAACCUGCCAUGAAGCUGAUUUAAUAUUUCUACUGAGUCCAUUACCAUCAAUAUUCUCUUUUUAGAUCAUGUUUAUUAAGUCCUAUCUUACUUAGAGGGGAAAAAAACCCAGAAGGGUUUACAUCUAUGGAAGCACAAAACUAUGUCAAGUUUAAAUUCUAUCAAGUGACUUAUAGUGAUUUCUUAAUCCCUGUUUACAUUUUUCCCUAUUUCUCAGGUUGAAAAUAAAAGUGAGAGUAAUUGUCCAAAUAAUAAAUAAGCUGUCAACCAAAAUCCCUUUUAGGGAAUUUAUUCCCUGUUGUCUGUUAAUAUAUACAUGAGCAAUUGACAUGUAAUGGCAUGUGCAAUUAAAUAUACUAUUUUUGUUACUGUA